GAAGGAAGUUGUUCACUUUAACAGCCUGACUUCUUCCUUCUGAUGACCACAGAGGAGCUUGUGCGGCAGAGUAAACAUCUCCUCCCUGUUUCAAACAGGGAGAAGAGGAGCAGCCAUGACUGUGAGAGCAGCGGUGACUGGGUUGGUUAUCUUCCUUCUCUCUGUGCCAGUGCUCCAGAGUCAGAUUGGCUGGGGAGUGACUUAUUCACAAACUAAAGUCUGUGCCUUGGAAGGAUCAACAGUGGAACUAAGCUGCACCUACACAUAUCCAAGUUCUGGCAAUUAUAGAGUUACUGAAUCAUUCUGGUUUACUAAAAUGCAGAAUAAUGAACAUGUUGAUGUGAGAACAGACUCACAGUACACAGGACGUGUGACGUACAGUUGUAAAGAGAAACGCUGCACUCUGAGAAUCACUAACGUGAAGAAGAGCGACUCAGCUACAUACAAGUUCAGGUUCAUAACAAACCAAGCUGGUGGCAGAUUUACAGGUGACCCUGGAGUCAUUUUGUCUGUCACAGAUCCAGAUCUUCAGGUUCAGAGAACUUCUGCAUAUUCCACUCUAGAACUGAAAUGUUUCAGCCGUUGUUCCUCACCUCAUGAUAUCUCCUAUGUGUGGUACAAGAAUGGACACAAAAUUUCUGUAGAGAAAUCUUCCUAUUCAGCUGGUUAUGUUUAUGCAGACAGCUACUCCUGUGCUUUGAAAGACUAUGAGGAUUUCCCCUCUCCUCUGUACUGUUACUAUGAUUCUUCCUGUAACAAAGUGAAAUACACUCACAGAACCAUCUGCGCCUCCAGAGGCUCAUCAGUGGACAUCUCUUGUUCUUACAGAAGUUAUGGAAGCAUCAAGUCAAAAUUCUGGUUCAGAUCUGAGCAAAGUCAGCAGGGGCAACAUGACCUACAACCUGAAGACCUCAGAGAAGAUUCCCAGUAUGGAAAUCGUGUUCAGGUCACUGAGCCUAAGAGAGGAGACACCACCCUGAGAAUCUCUGAGCUGAGAGAUAGCGAUUCAGCCGUCUAUCGUUUCACAUUUACAGCAGGAAGCUCUGGAUGGGGGACCAGUUUACAUGGUACAACUCUGACUGUAGCAGCUUUACAGGUGAAGGUGAUGAAGAUAACAACCCAGCAGUCUUCCACAGAGGCAGAGCUGAGAUGUCACAGCAGCUGCAGUGAAGCGGAUCGUCUUUCAUACGUCUGGUUCAGGAACGGACAGAAAGUUACCGGGGAGAGUAAAUCUACUACAAAAAUCAGAUAUGAUCUUGAAGAUGAGAUCUCCUGUGCUUUACAAGGACAUGAGAGAUUUCCCUCUCCAUCAGUGUAUGCUCCCAAAGUUCCCUCUGUAGUUUUGAACCCCCCUGGUGAGAUAGUGGAGAACUCCUCUGUGACCCUGACCUGCAGCACUGAUGCUAACCCAGCCGCUAAUUUCACCUGGUUCAAGAAGAACCAACGCCAAGACUUUGAACCCUUUCACAGUGAACAACAGCUCAUCUUCAGCUCCAUCCAGUCCUCUGAUGCAGGAGAGUAUAGGUGUACAGCAGAGAACGGUCUGGGGCAGAGAACAUCUGCACACAUCAUUGAUGUCAAAUAUGCUCCCAAAGUUCCCUCUGUAGUUUUGAACCCUCCUGGUGAGAUAGUGGAGAACUCCUCUGUGACUCUGACCUGCAGCACUGAUGCUAACCCAGCCGCUAAUAUCACCUGGUUCAAGAAGAACCAACGCCAAGACUUUGAACCCUUUCACAGUGAACAACAGCUCAACUUCAGCUCCAUACAGUCCUCUGAUGCAGGAGAGUAUAGGUGUACAGCAGAGAACGGUCUGGGGCGGAGAACAUCUGCACACAUCAUUGAUGUCAAAUAUGCUCCAAAGCUUCCCUCAGUGUCAGUGAGUCCUGUGGAUGAGAUUAUGGAGGGCAGUUCAGUGACUCUGACCUGUAGCAGUGAUGCUAACCCAGCAGCUAAGUACACCUGGUACAAGGAGAACCAAACAGCACCUCAGGGACAAAACAGCACUUAUUCUUUCACCACUAUCCGGUCCAAGGACAGUGGGAUGUACUCCUGCAGAUCUGAGAACAAGUAUGGUCACAAGACCUCCAAAGGAUUCUGGAUUGAUGUUCAGUACGCCCCACGACUUCCCUCUGUGUCUCUGAGUCCCUCUGCUGCCAUAGUAGAGGGCACUUCACUUAAUCUGACCUGUAGCAGUGAUGCUAACCCAGCAGCUUAUUACACCUGGUACAAGGAGAAUGAAGAAACAUCAGUAGCAUCAGGACAGAUCUUCAUCAUCAGUAAUAUUAAAUCUGAACAUAGUGGGAAUUAUUACUGUGAAGCUCACAACAGAAGAGGACGCCAUAACUCGACCUUACAUCUGGUUGUUGUUUCUGGUUCAAUGAAAUCAGUAACUGCUGGAUUGGUCACUGUUUUUUCUCUGGUUGUCAUCCUCCUCUCCAUCUUCCUGUUGAUAAGAAAAAAGAGAUCCUCAGGAGAAACCAACAAGCCUGGAGGAAGGCUGGACAAUGAAGGACAGCUCAAUAUGGCCUCAGCUCAUGAUUACCCAUCAGCUUCAGCACGAAGACAGCCAGCUGAGGAACAGGAGGAAACGUGUUACGCCACCGUAAGCUUCUCAAAAAACAACCCAGAACCUCUCUACUCCAACAUUUCGCAAACUAAACUCGACAGACCGAGGACCAGAACAGGGGAAGAGGAGGAGGAUGUGGAAUACUCUGUGGUCAAAUUUCCAAGUGCUAGUUCCCUCCUAAAAUCAAGACGUCAGGAGGUUGUUGAGGAUGCAUCUGCACUGUACAGCACAGUCACCAAGAAACCAAGAGCUUGAAUGCCUCAUUCUGUUUUCUGUAAACAGUAGAAUGACGUGCUUUUCCCAAAAGCUCUACCUGAGUCUCAUCUGUCCAUAAAAUGUUCUCCCAGAAGGAUUGAGGCUUACUCAGGUACAUUUUUGCAAACUCCAGUCUGGCUUUUUUAUGUCUCUUUGUCAGCAGUGGGGUUCUCCUCAGUCUCCUGCCAUAGCGCUUCAUCUCAUUUAGAUUACGAUGUAUGGUUGUUGCUGACACUUUUGCACCCUGAGUCUGCAGGACAGCCUGAAUUUGUGUGGAAGUUGACUGAGGAUGUUUAUCCACCAUUCCAACUAUCCUGUGUUGCGUUCUUCUGUCAA